ACUUCCUGUUCAGUGUAAUUGAAAUUUCAAUUAAAAAUAAGAUGGCUUAUAAUGACAAUUUUUCAAAUACAAAAGCUAUUGGUAAAUCAUUUAGCAAUAAGAAUGAGUCUAGUGUUCCCAAAAACAUCAGAGUUUUGGUUGAUUUCGAGAACGUUUUAUGUGACUUUGAGCAGAGUCUCUUGAAAUCAUAUCGUAGGAAGUAUCCCAAGGAGACGUACAUACCUCUUGAACAAAGGAAAGGCAUUAGUGUGAAGAGACAGUACGCCGAUGUUAGCGAAGAAUUAGGCGAAAAACUUUCAAGUGUUUAUUGUACUCCUGGAUUCAUAAGCAAUUUACCCGAAAUCCCUGGAGCUUGUGAGGCAGUAGAUGCAAUGGACAAACUCUAUGGUGUGAACGUCUUUAUAUAUUCUGGGAUAACGAUGCCUUACGGAUACAGUCUCAAAGAGAAGUGUCAGUGGGUUGAAUUUCAUCUUGGGGUGAGAUGGCUGGAUAAAAUCAUUUUCACUAAAGAUCCUACACUGCUUAAUGGAAACCUGCUGAUUGAUGACAGAGUUAGCAUCAAAGGUGUUAUCAAAAAUCCGACCUGGGAGCAUGUAGUCUUCACAUCUUGCCACAACGUUAGGAUCAGCGUUGGCACAAAGACGAGGCUGGAGAACUGGACUGAUGGGGCAUGGAGACAAAUCAUUCGGAAGGCACGGCAUGAUAUUUAAAACAGUCAAGACGGGAAAAAAAAUCGCCAGUACCGUGUAAAAAUAUUAUGUCUGCGGAUUUGAUCGCAAAUGUUUGACAUAAUCUGAUACUUCAAAAACUUUUUGUUUCCUGCUUUUUAGGUUUAUAAUAUAAGUGGAUACAUUUUGUUUCCUGCUUUUUAGGUUUAUAAUAUAAGUGGAUACAUUUUGUUUCCUGCUUUUUAGGUUUAUAAUAUAAGUGGAUACA